CCUAUUUCCACGAUGGCGUUCGGGAUCUACAGCUUGCUCGAGGCGGUCGUCCUCUCCUUAAAUGCCGUCUGUAUCCUCAACGAAGAGAGAUUCCUGUCCAAGCUGCCUGGCUGGGGCGGCUCCCAAGUACAUGGCUUUGGUGAAGAACCUGGCAUGAAGACCCAGAUUUUCCACUUCAUUCGCUCUGUCAAAACAGUUAUGAAGUAUCCUCUGAUACCUGUUAAUGUUUUCGUCAUUGUGUUUAAGCUGAUAUUUGGCUGAAAAAGGUCUUCUUGGUCAUUCAUAAGUUCACUGUGAUGCUCAGGUCAUUUUUUGUAAUGACUAUUAAAUAUUAGUUUUUUUUUUCUA